CUUAGAAAGCUCGGUUUUAAUUUUUGUUAUUCUUUGUAGGUUUGCAUAUUUUUCGUGCAGAAUAAAAUAAUUAUUUUAAUUUAUAAAAAAUUCGUUAUUAUUUUCGUAUUAUUUAAUUUAUAAUUAGAUAAAAUAAGUGGUUUUCUAUAACAGUAAAAGUGCUACAAGCCAAAAAAGAACUUUCAGCGCAGAUCAUUAAGUAACGAAUCUAAAAUAAUAUUAAAUAAUAAAAGCUUCAACUUAAACAUCAAUAAUACGUAGAUUGAGAGAUUCAAGGAGUUUAAUUUUCUUUAUACUUCGUCAAAAUCAAAAUGAGAGAAAUAGUUCAUUUACAAGCUGGUCAAUGUGGUAAUCAAAUUGGCGCUAAGUUUUGGGAAAUUAUCUCUGAAGAACAUGGUAUCGAUCCCAAUGGUGUUUACACAGGUGAUAAUGAUCUUCAAUUGGAAAGAAUAAGCGUUUAUUAUAACGAAGCUUCAGCUGUAACACGUUUAUCAGGUGGCAAAUAUGUGCCACGUUCAAUUCUCUUGGACUUGGAACCUGGUACUAUGGAAGCUGUUCGUUCUGGAGUUUAUGGCAAACUUUUUCGUCCUGAUAAUUUUGUAUUUGGACAAUCUGGAGCUGGUAAUAAUUGGGCAAAAGGUCAUUACACUGAAGGUGCUGAAUUAGUUGAUGCAGUAUUAGAAGUUGUACGCAAAGAAUGUGAAAAUUGUGAUUGCCUUCAGGGCUUUCAGUUAACUCAUUCACUUGGUGGUGGUACUGGUUCUGGUAUGGGAACCUUAUUAAUAUCAAAAAUUUAUGAAGAAUAUCCUGAUCGUAUUAUAAAUACAUAUUCAGUUGUACCCUCACCUAAGGUUUCGGACACUGUUGUUGAACCGUAUAAUGCAACAUUAUCAAUACAUCAAUUGGUUGAAAACACUGAUGAAACAUAUUGUAUUGAUAAUGAGGCUUUAUAUGACAUUUGCUUUAGAACAUUAAAAUUGCCGAAUCCAAGUUAUGGCGAUUUGAAUCAUUUGGUAUCGUUAACCAUGUCUGGUGUAACAACAUGUUUAAGAUUCCCAGGUCAAUUAAAUGCUGACUUGAGAAAAUUAGCUGUCAAUAUGGUACCGUUCCCUCGAUUACAUUUCUUUAUGCCUGGGUUUGCUCCGUUAACAUCAAGAGGUUCACAGCAAUAUAGGGCGUUAACAGUACCAGAGCUAACCCAACAAAUGUUUGAUGCUAAAAAUAUGAUGGCAGCAUGCAAUCCAAGACAUGGACGUUAUUUAACUGUUGCAGCUAUUUUCCGUGGACGUAUGUCAAUGAAAGAAGUCGAUGAACAAAUGUUAGCUGUUCAAAAUAAAAACAGUAGUUAUUUCGUUGAGUGGAUACCUAACAAUGUCAAAACAGCAGUUUGCGAUAUACCACCAAAAGGUUUAAAAAUGUCAUCUACAUUCAUUGGCAAUACGACUGCUAUACAAGAAUUGUUCAAACGUAUAUCGGAACAGUUUUCAGCUAUGUUCCGCCGCAAAGCUUUCUUACAUUGGUAUACCGGUGAAGGUAUGGAUGAAAUGGAGUUUACAGAAGCUGAAAGUAAUAUGAAUGAUUUAAUUUCUGAAUAUCAACAAUAUCAAGAGGCAACUGCUGAAGAUGAAUUCGAUACUGAAGCGCAUGAAGAGAUUGAAGGAGAUUGUGUUUAAUUUUUUUAUUAUUUACUUAUUUUUCAAAUACCUAAGUAUAUUUUACAGUAUGUAAUAUUUGAAUAUUGAUUUUUAUAUU